AAUUGUGCACGCAUAUUAAAUAAGUUAAAUUGUAUUAAAGUUUUUUUUUUUUAAACUGUGCAAUGCCAGCUCGCAAGCGGAAAGCAGGGAAUGCUGCAGAACCAGUGGGAAAUGUUCCAGAUAAUUUUGAGGUUGAAGUUGGCUCCGAUGACACAGAUGAAGAGCUUAUGAAUUUUUUGUUUAAUGGCUCAUUUCUUGAUUCAAAGAAGAACCCUACUGGAGAAGGCCAAUCUAAAGAGAAUGGCAAUCUGGACAUCGAGCCUGAAGAAGUUAUACCAAAUAAAUUUUUGAUUGGCGGUGUAGUAGUUAAUUUUGGUUCAAAAGACGAUGAGCCAGAUUCAAAGGACACAGUUAGAGUAAUUGAGUUGCCAUCGAAGACAAAAUCCAAAAAAUCGAGAAAAAGAUCUUCCAAUAAGCGACGCAAAGAAAAACAUGCCUCUAAGAUAGAUGAUUUAUUUGAAACACCAGAACUAAAAUUGCCACCUGAGCAUCAAUGGCUAAUGGAUAAAAAUUUCAGACCUAUAUCGCCUCUGCCUGAUAAUGUUGCGUUGGAUCUUCCUUCUUCUGAAGAAAUAUGGAAGAAUUACGAGGCACUGCAACGAGGCGCAAAAGACGAUGAAAUCAUGUGGCCCAUCAGCUUAAUUCAGAAGAACCGGGAUGACAAUGUCCAGAACGAAAACAAUGCCAUUGAACCCCAAAUGGUUGAGGAACAGGUCAACGAGUCUGAAACAGAAGACAUGGAGAUUGAGACACUUAAUGAGAUCGAGAAUUUAUCUAUGAAUUGGCCAAUGAAACUUCAGGAGAACUUACAACAAUUUGAGGAAAGCAAUUGCAAUAUAAUAAACACAGGCAGCCUAGAAUUAGGCCUCGAUGAGGAACGUACCAUGGCCGAAUGGAUCAAAUCGGAACUUUUGAAUGAACCAUUGAGUGACAUAGAAGAGUUUGACGUUUUGCUGUCAAUGGCCCGAAACCAAGAACAGAAUGGAGCUGCAUUGUACGAGCUGUUAAGGCCGAAGCUGCAAACAGCAGGACCGUUAAAGGAGGUGCGGAAGUGUCCUCCAAAAGCACUCGUCUCUUUUUUUGAAGAGCAAAGCAAGUCGGCACAACAGAAGCCGCCACUUCAACCGGCGAAUGUAUCAAGCAAACAAAUACCACCUGCAGGUAAUCCUACGAUUGUGCCGGUAAAUGUACAGGGUCCGACUCAGAGGAGUGGGGCAGCCGUCAAAUCAAUAGACAAAACAGUCCUAAACAAUUGGAAGCAAAAUAAAUGUGCGGAAUCUAGUAGUACAGUCGACGGAACCACAGUGGUAAAGGAUUCUCCAAAAGAGCAAACCGCCAUUGCCUUGCCGAAGCUAGUGGAAGUGCAGCAACAUAUUGAGAAACCGGAAGAAGUGCCGUCGCCAUUCCCGACAGAAACAAAGCUCAAUCUUAACUCAGACAACCCAGUGCCCCAAAGUGAGGAAAUAGCCAUCAGUAAUUGGUUGCAACAAUGCGAACAGGCCAUAUCCCAGCAACUCCAGACCCAAUGGCAACAAGUUGUAAAAGCAUCUGACCCUAAAACCUCACCAGAGGAGUCUUCAUCAUCUUCAGCUAUUGACUUUGAGCGCGAGAUCACCACCUUAAACCAGCACAAGCUGCCGGGGACGCAAGAAACGCAAACGGGGACCAUAAACGACGAUAAGUGGCUGGGCAGCUACCAAAACAUGCUUCAUAGCAUGGAUGAUACGAUAGAUAGUAAAGCGCGUGAGUUUCGUGAUCCGCAGCUCAAGCGUCUACGCAGCAAGCAGGUCGUCAAUAUCAAGCGAUCGUUACUCAUGCCGGCACUACCCUUGCACCUGGAGCAGCAGCCAGAGCAAGGGCCGCAGCAGAUAAGGAUUAUGCGGCCCAUACGGCGUAGGUGUGAUCGCGACACUUUGGACAUUGAAAUCAAAUAUGUGCGCAUGUUCUGCACCUUUGAAUUGAAUAGAGAGUUGGAUUUAAAGAUGACUGUCAAGAAGUUGGAUGACGCAGUCUAUAACAGCGACAUAGAUGUGAUCGAGAAACAUUACGGGAGCACACAGAUGGCUUGGAUCUGGCCAAAUGGCAGUGUCAUGAUCAUAAACGGGCGAUCGCAAGCUGCGCUAAGGCAAGCACGCAUUCAAUUGUCGGAUCGACUUGUGGGAGCGGGCCAUUAUGGUGUUAAUUCCAUAAGUAAUCUGCAACAAUAUCGACUCAUGUCAUGGGCCAAUUAUCCAUGGCGCAUUGACGUAUACGGGCUCUGUGAAGCCUAUGCGUUGACCACGGAACCCCGGUGUGGGAGCAGCCGCUUUAUGUAUUUUGUGGACAAGAGUUUCCCGGCCGUAGCUGCGAGGGUUUACGAGACGGGCAUGGUGCAUGUAUUUGCUAUGACCAUAGUCCUCGCGGAUGAGAUGUUGGCCAAGCUCUAUUUGAUUACGGCCAAUUUUCGCGCGCCUGACAAGAAAAAGAAGCCAAAUCAGCCUGGUCCUGAUGAAAUCCAAGAAGAUGACGCACUCGAGCAGUGCACUGUCUAACAGCGUUAAAUUUUUGAUCUCAUUCAUUUAAAAUUACACUCAGUUACAACAACAACUGUUGCGUGUGACAAGUCAUGGUUAGUGGUGCAACAAUGCUAGUGAUGAACCGGUACAACACAUCUGCAUUCUAUAAUAAAUCGAUAGGUUAGAAACAA